CAACGGAGCGCUAGCUCAGGCACAAGAGAAAAGGGUGGGAGGAGAGCUGAGCCUGGCUGCCCACAGCUUCUCUAGUUGAAUGAUUUCAGUUAGGGCACCGCACCCUGUCUAGGGUUCCGACCUCUAAUUUAGCUGUGUUUCAAGGAACCCAGCGGAGCAGAUGCAACGCAAUCAGUCUGUGGUCACUGAAGAGUUAAAAAAGCUGCUUAGCUCUUCUCUUUAGAAAAAUAGGAAACCCAAGGGGUGGAGACCACUAGCUAAAGGAAACGUUUAAAGCCAACUUGGCUUUGUUAUGCAAGUUGAGAGUUCCUUCUGGGGCAGCAGAGAUGCGGAGCGCAGGCAAUGCAGUGGCUUCAGAGACUGAAUCCUUUCUGAGCAAGGGCUGUGGCGUCUGAGGUUACCCAGGGAGUACCAGACACUGGAGCCUCCACCUCGAAGAUACUGCCACAAGGGUGGCCGGUGAGGUUUCUACUUGACUUCACCCUCUGGUGGGUGGCUGGAGAAGUGCCGCUCAGCCUGGAACCAUGGGCUCUACCAGCAGCCGCCAGAAGAAAGUCUUCAAUGACUCAGUCAGCGAUUAUGUCAACUCUGAAAUCAUUAAGAAACAUUACAACUACACAGGGAAGUUAAAUGAGAAGGCAGACAGUGGAAUAAAAGUGACCUCAGUGGUUUUUAUCAUCAUUUGUUGCUUUAUCAUCUUAGAGAACAUUUUUGUGCUGCUGACCAUCUGGAAAACCAAGAAGUUUCACCGACCCAUGUACUAUUUCAUUGGGAAUUUGGCUCUCUCAGACUUGCUGGCUGGAGUGGCUUAUACUGCCAACCUUUUGUUAUCUGGACACAAAACCUACAGUCUCACCCCUGCCCAGUGGUUUGUCAGGGAAGGCAGCAUGUUUGUAGCUUUGUCAGCCUCUGUUUUCAGCCUGCUGGCCAUUGCCAUUGAGAGGUAUAUCACCAUGCUGAAGAUGAAACUCCACAAUGGGAGCAACAGCUUCCGCUCCUUCCUACUGAUCAGUGCCUGCUGGGUGAUAUCCAUGAUCCUAGGGGGGCUCCCUAUUAUGGGCUGGAACUGCCUCGACCACCUGCAGAGUUGCUCCACGGUGCUGCCCCUAUACCAUAAGCACUAUAUUCUCUUUUGCACCACAGUUUUCACUGGUCUUUUAUUAUCCAUUGUCGUCCUCUACUGCAGGAUCUAUUCCAUGGUCAGGACUAGGAGCCGCAGGCUGACAUUUCGAAAAAACAUUACCAAAGCCACGAGGAGCUCAGAGAAAUCUCUAGCCUUGCUCAAGACAGUGAUCAUUGUCCUGAGCGCAUUUAUUGCCUGCUGGAGUCCCUUGUUCAUCCUACUGUUGCUGGAUGUGGGGUGCAAAGUGAAGGCCUGUUCAAUCCUCUUCAAAGCUGAGUAUUUCUUAGUACUGGCUGUGCUCAAUUCAGCCACGAACCCUAUCAUCUAUACCUUAACCAACAAAGAGAUGCGGAGGGCCUUCAUCAAGAUCCUGUGCUGUUGCAAAUGCCCCUCUGCAGAUUCUGGGGCCAAAUUCAAGAGGCCAAUCAUAGGAGGGAUGGAGUUCAGUCGAAGCAAAUCUGACAAUUCCUCCCACCCACAGAAGGAUGAGGGUGACUGCCCGGAGACAAUCAUGUCUUCAGGCAAUGUCACCUCGUCUUCUUAGAAGUAUCCAUCGGAGGCAUAUUUUAAAGCCUCCCCUUUGAAACCUGACAGACAAGAAGCUACCUGCUCACUGUAGCAACUCCAGAGAGAUGGCCUAAGUGAGCAAGAUAGCAUUAGUUCUGAAGAGGCAAGCAGGGCACUUGCAAGGGUGGAGUUCACGAAGUGGGACAGACUGUUCUGGCUUGAAAACAUUUCCCUCUGGAGCAUGUUUUGUCUUUGCACUGAGGCAGACUCAGGAUUGCCAGGAGAAUUCAUAACUCGGAAAGACUGAUGCCUUGGUGAAAUGGUGCCGUGUGUGUGUGCGAGUGUGUGCAUGACUGAGAGGCAGAAGGAGGAGGGUGGGAGAAUGUUUGGUUUUUUUUCUUUGUGAAGAAUGUGAAGUUAUUAUUUCUUUACUUGCAGAAAAAGCCCUGACACAAAAGAUCUUUCCGUACCAAGUUUAGGGAUGGCUCUACUAUUCUGGGUCACAAGUGUUUGCCAUUUGGCACGUAGCAGGAAGGAGAUCACACCAAUGUAAUCUAAAUCACUAACAACCAUAGGUUGGCAUCACUUUCCUGAGUUUUUAGAUGUAAUAAGAUUUCAUCUGCGGAGUCCAAAGCUUUUCUUUAGCAAGAUCAGUUCUGUGAAGUUGUGCUGAAAAUCCAUAUUACUUUUAAGAUCAUAAGCCAGACUCUGCAUUAGAUUGCAUUCAUAUAACCCCAAAGAAGUCACUAGGAUUGCAUGGGAGGAGCUCAGAAUAGCAUUUGGCCCCAUAUAUCUAUUGAUUUGUUACACUGAGUAUGAAAUAAAUUACAUGACCAUAAUACUUACAGGAUAAAACUACAGUUAAAGAGAAAAUGAACAUGUGAUAUUUGACAAGAUCAAUAUAAUACAGAAGCUCCCUGACUUACGCAAGGCGUUCCAGAACAGAACGCUUUGCAUAAGUCGAGUUUUGCGUAAGUCGGGAACAUAUCUCCAACAAUUACUUACACACACACACACACACACACACACACACACAAGCUUACGGGACUUAUGGAACUUUUUCCAGAAGUUCAGAUUUCUGUAAGUCGGGUUUCUGCAGCCCGGGGAGCGUCUGUCGUAUCAAGUACUAUUGGCAUCAGUGUUUUGGACUGAGUAAGGACAGUGUUUUGGACUGAGUAAGGACAGUGUUUUGGACUGAGUAAGGACUGAGUAAGGACAGUAAGGACAGAGUAAAAACUGAAAAAGAACUUCAGGAUUUGGCCCAUAGUGUUUCCAUAGUAACGAUUGAUUAGAAAAUCUGUAUAGAAUACCAUGAGAUUCAGAGAAACAAAAAAGGAUCUUGAAAUGGCUAUGGAUGACAUAGAAAUGUACUUCCAUAACACAAUGCAAGACAUUUUUGACACUUACUUUGUGUUCUUUGUAUUAGAAUGUUCAUAAUUUCAGCACAGAUGUCUGUAUUUUAUCAAUUCACGUAAGAAAUAUCUUUAAUUUAAAUGGAAUGUAUUUGUUUUAUGGCAUCAUUUCUAUUACGGUAUUUUUCUAACCGGCAUUAAGGGGGUUGAAUGUAUACAAUAUAUAUAAUUAAUGAGAUGCAGAACUCUUCAAACAGCUAGAGCAUUACUAUAACAAAAAAGUGUAUCAGGGUAGCUGAACAAUUGGUUAAUGUACAGUUAUUGUCGAAACCUAGAAGUGAUUUUCUAUAAAAAUGUUGUCUUUGUAGUAUGAUUUCCAGUGCAAUUAAACUGAUUUUUUUUCUUUUUUUAAAAAUAGUAUUUAAAA